AUGCCGGAGCUCAAGUCCAAGCUUGUCUCGCGGGGCCCUUUGGAUCCCCAAGAAGCGGAGUGGAAGACCUUGGUCAAGACGACCUAUCUUGAUCCUAACGGUAUUCAAAGAACCUGGGAAUCGGCCGAGCGCCUGACUCGACCCGCCAGCUCGGCCGUCGAUGGCGUCGGCGUUCUGACCAUCUUGCACAAGUCCACGGGCCCUGAGUUGCUUCUGCAAAAGCAAUACCGCCCGCCGAUCAAUCAGAUGGUGGUUGAGGUUCCCGCGGGCAUGGUCGACGCCGGAGAAACGGUGGAGGAAUGUGCCGUGCGUGAACUAAAGGAAGAAACGGGGUAUGUCGGGGUGGCAGAGAAGACAAGUCCCAUUAUGUAUAACGACCCUGGGUUUUCCAACACCAACUUCAACCUCGUCCAUGUCAAUGUGGAUAUGUCGCUCCCGCAGAAUCAGAAUCCGCAGCCCGAGCUGGAGGAUAACGAGUUCAUCGACUGCUUUACUCUUCCAUUGAGCAGCUUAUAUGAGGAUCUAAAAAGACUGGAGAGGGAGGGGUACGCGAUCGAUGCCGGGGUAGGGUCACUAGCAGAGGGGAUUGAGGUCGCCAAACGGUUUAAGUUGUGA